CCCACCCCCCUGGCACCCCCGUCCUUUCUGCCUCAGUAUAAAUGCGCGUGGUGUUGCCCUCAGGGCCAGUAUUCACGGACGGGGGAUUUAGGGGGACUAGGACUUCCCAGGCUAAAGGGAUUUUGCUUUUUCACUGAGUGAGGACUUCACUUCACUGCAGGACGUUUGAGAGCGUCGGACCUCGCGAGCACCUGACCACACACACCAGCAGGAACCCGUCGAAGCGGUAAUCCGAUCCAGCAAAAGCAGCCAACCAUGAGCAGCAACUACAGCGUCUCCCUGGCAGGCCCCGCCCCCUGGGGCUUCAGGCUGCAGGGAGGCAAGGACUUCAACAUGCCCCUCACCAUCUCCAGGCUGACCGAUGGGGGCAAGGCAGCCCAGGCCAACGUUGCCGUGGGAGACCUGGUGCUGUCCAUCGAUGGAAUAGCCACCGAGGGAAUGAACCACCUUGAGGCCCAGAACAAAAUCAAGGCCUGCAGCGGGAACCUUACUCUCUCCAUGCAGAAAGCUCCCAGCGUGCCAACAGCUCCUGAGGUUGCCAAGGAGACUGUGACCACCACCGUCACAACAGUGCUGAAAAAAACUCCACCCCCCAGGGCGCCCAGGAAGCCCAUUGUGGAGACGGACAUCCACUUCUACCACGUGCCCUCCCACGGAGACGCCAGCAAGAAGCGUCUGAUGGAGGACACGGAGGACUGGCACCCCCGCACCGGAACCUCCCAGUCCCGCUCCUUCCGCAUCCUGGCCCAAAUGACCGGCACCGGCGAUGGAGAGGAGCCAGCACAAGAGGGUGAAACUGUGAAAAAGUUGAACACCCAGAUCAUCGGACCCCGCUACGCCAAACUGCGGGACUGGCAUCACGGCGUUUCUGCACGCACCCUCAAUGUGCAGUAGCCCCCCUGCCCACCCCCCCCACCCCACACACACACACACAUCCCAUACACCCCCACCACCCCCCACACACACACACACACACACACACCCUAUACACCCCCACCACCCCACCCCACACACACACACACACACCCUCUACACCCCCACCACCCCACCCCACACACACACACACACACACCCUAUACACCCCUACCACCCCACCCCACACACACACACACCCCCUAUACACUCCCACCACCCCACCCCACACACACUCACACACACACACACACACCCCACCAGCGCACUUUUGCGGAUGCACGUGCUUCACCGUUUGUGUUAGCUCGCUUAGCGGAGACACAAAGAACCGCCGUCUUCCACACCGAACCUCGUUGUUGUCUCGUCCUCCCAUGUUCUGUCUUGGUUCCUAUCCUCUGCCCUCCUCCCUCCCCCUCUCUCUCUCUCUCUCUCUCCCUCUCUCUCUCUCUCUCUCUCUCUUACACACUCACUCUUAUUGUUUAUAAAGCUUCAGGCCUUUUGGUAGUAUAUGUGUGUAUGUAUUUGUGUUUGUGUAUAUACUGUAUAUGCGUGUUUCAACCUGGCCUGUUUCGUUUCCGCACUGGGGACAUAGACAAAGUGCUCCUGGGUUGUGUAACCGACUGUCAGAACCCGGGGGCCCCAAAUGUGCUGAGAGUGUGGCACGGCAUACGGGUUAUAGCCACACGCAAGCUAUUACGAGCUGAAAUUCUCUAAACAAUGGCCCUCUUAUGUCAGGCCCCUGUAGCACCCUGUUUGGUAGGCCUCUAACCGUGUGGAAAUCCAGGAAACGACAGUUCCGGGGGAAAAACAGACACGGUUGCGUGCGGUUGCAAGAAUAAUAAGCUGACCGACAGACUUGGGCCAGGAUAGCCGCACACAGAACUCUGCUUUUGGUCACGCCGUGAUUAUUCACAGGCCCGAUCCGCCAGCUGCUCACGCUACAGUCACCCGCCGGUUUCCACGGCGGCCCGGUCAGGCCGUGGGUGGCUUGGCGUGGGUGGUGUGGCGUGCGUGGCUUGGCGUUAACGGCACGGUGAAGCGAGUUUGGACACGGGACAGCGGCUUGGGGAGAGGAGCCGUCUGGGAAACGUUCACAGGGAACCCCCCAGCCCCGAGUGAAAACACACUCCAGGCUGACGGGAAACAUUCCCAGCUCCCUCGACCACCCACUGACCUCAGAUCAGUACUUGGUUAAGGUGAAGCUUAUCAAGUUUGUGUCCUUGCCCCAGUCGCUGAUUUGGAAUCAGUAACCAUCAAGGGAGCAGUGAGUGAGAAACUAUGCUGGUACAUGUACAGUGGUGAUGGGGAUGAGUUGUGUGAAGAACAACCCUGGGUCAUGUAUGUAAUUGUUUUGGAUUUAAAUACUUUUGUACACCUUACAGAGCUUAUCUGGGGUACUGGAAGUGCAAACUUCACCUUCUGGUCCUCUUAGUUGGCUCAAUUGCACCAGGGAUAAUCAAGCCCAGAAAAGUAUCUGAAUCCCAAAAAUAACGUAUUUGACAUAAAGAGGAGACGUAUGUGUGUUUGUGGUUUCAUUGAUCUUGCUUCAACAUUCUUCUCGCCCUGCCAGCCUUGCAAAGCCUGCUGAGACUAGCGUAGUUGCUUGGGUUGAUAGUCACGGUAAAUGGGUUGUGUACUGAGCAGACAUUUUGUAUCCUUUGCAGCCUGAAAUAUGCUUGGGAAAUGUACUGUAGCACUGGUAUUUUAAUAAAGUUUCUUCUACCUUACA